AACGUGAGCUGGAGCAGAGGAAGAAGAAGCAAUAUGGGAGAGCUGCGUGUCCGCUCCGUUCUGGUGACUGGGGCCAACCGAGGGAUCGGCCUGGGCUUUGUCCAGCACCUGCUGGCAUUGCCAAACCCACCUGAGUGGGUCUUUGCAACCUGCCGGGACCCCAAGGGACAGCGAGCACAGGAGCUGCAGAAAUUGGCCUCCAAGCACCCCAACCUGGUCAUCGUCCCGCUCGAAGUCACCGAUCCCACCAGCAUCAGGGCGGCCGCAGCCAGCGUCGGGGAGCGCCUCAAGGGCUCGGGGCUGAACCUCCUCAUCAACAACGCUGGAAUUGCAAGGGCAAACACAAUUGACAAUGAAACACUGAAGGAUAUGUCUGAGGUGUACACGACCAACACCAUUGCACCCCUGCUGCUGGGCCAGGCGUUCCUGCCCCUGCUGAAGAAGGCAGCCCAGGAGAACCCAGGCUCGGGGUUGAGCUGCAGCAAGGCAGCCAUCAUCAACAUUUCCAGCACUGCCGGAUCCAUUCAGGACCUCUACCUGUGGCAGUAUGGACAAGCGCUCUCAUACCGUUGCAGCAAGGCUGCCCUGAACAUGCUCACCAGGUGCCAGUCCAUGGGGUACCGGGAACACGGCAUCUUCUGUGUCGCUCUCCAUCCCGGAUGGGUCAAAACAGACAUGGGAGGCACAUUAGAAGAUAAGUCCCGCGUGACAGUGGAUGAGAGCGUAGGAGGGAUGCUGAAGGUGCUCUCCAACCUCUCCGAGAAGGACAGCGGGGCCUUCCUGAACUGGGAAGGGAAAGUUAUGGCCUGGUGAGCUGCUGGCCAAGCCUCGGAUUUUAGCAGUGAUCUCUUUGUUGCUACACGGAGUUGUGCCUGUGUCUUAACGAACCUGUGACUAUAAACAAUGAUUGCAGUACA